AUCCUAUUAUAUGUGUAGUCCACUGUUCAACACCAGUGCCAAUGCAAAAUGAUCAGUGGAACAAUCGGAAAGGGUCUCCUAAAACGUUCUUUCACAACAAUACGUGGCCGCAAAGGCCUUUAUUGGGCCAUUUCGUCUAUCCGACACGACCAUCACUGGCAUGGAAAUGAAUCGCUGGAAAACGACGAUCCAGAAAUGUAUGCUCUUAUUCGACAAGAAAAAGAGCGGCAGAGAAGUGGCCUUGAACUUAUAGCUUCGGAGAAUUUUUGCAGCAGAGCUGCCUUAGAGGCUUUGGGAUCUUGCCUAAAUAACAAAUAUUCUGAGGGAUACCCAGGUCAAAGGUACUAUGGUGGCAAUAAAUAUAUUGAUAAGAUUGAAUUACUGGUACAGGAGAGAGCUCUUAAAGCAUUUAACUUGGAUCCAGAAAAAUGGGGAGUUAAUGUACAACCAUAUUCUGGUUCACCAGCAAAUUUUGCAGUAUAUACUGGCUUACUUAAACCUCAUGAGCGUAUCAUGGGCCAAGAUCUCCCACAUGGUGGACACUUGACUCAUGGUUUUAUGACUGAUAAGAAAAGGAUAUCUGCAACAUCCAUAUAUUUUGAAUCAAUGCCUUAUCGCCUGAAUGUAGAAACAGGUUACAUUGAUUAUGACAAACUGGAAGAAACUGCCAAACUAUUUCGUCCCAAGAUAAUCAUUGCUGGAGCAAGUGCUUAUUCUAGACUUAUUGAUUAUGAGAGGAUGAGAAAGAUUUGUGACGAAGUUAAUGCAGUGCUCAUGGCAGAUAUCGCACAUAUCAGUGGGCUAAUCGCAGCACAGGUAAUUCCCAGUCCGUUUGAACAUUCGCAUAUUAUCUCCUCUACAACUCAUAAGACUCUACGAGGUGCAAGAUCUGGUAUUAUCUUUUAUCGUGUGGGCGAGAAAGCUACGAAUAAAAAGACCGGGAAAAAAAUCAUGUAUAACUUCAAGGAAAAGAUUGAUUUUGCAGUCUUUCCGUCCUUACAGGGAGGACCCCAUAAUCAUGCUAUAGCAGGUGUUGGAGUCGCAUUGAAACAGGCGUUAGAACCAGCAUUUCGGGAUUACCAAACACAAGUGUUGAAAAAUUCCAAAGCAAUGGCACAGGCCUUGUUGGAUCGUGGAUAUGAUUUAGUCUCGGGUGGGACUGACAAUCAUCUUGUUCUUGUUGACCUGAAAUCAAAGGGUAUUGAUGGAGCACGUGUAGAGCGCGUGUUAGAACUUGCCUCAAUCACCACGAACAAAAAUACUUGUCCUGGUGAUAAGAGCGCACUGGUGCCAGGAGGACUGCGUUUAGGUGCUCCAGCGUUGACGUCGAGAGAUUCCAAGGAGAGUGACUUCGUUCAAGUUGUAGAUUAUUUGGAUCAGGGCGUUAAGAUAGCUGUUGAGGCUCAAGAAAAUACUGGAGCAUCGCUACAAGAUUUCCGGGAAUUGAUUUUGGAUGAAAACUUCAGCAAGAAAAUUGGUUCAUUGAAACAAAAAGUGGAAAAUUUCGCUAAAGAAUUUCCUUUGCCAGGUUUUGAUAAAACUUAAGAGAGAAUAUUGUAAAAUUUUUCUUUGAAAAUUAAAGAUUUUGCAUUAGGCAAAAAUUUGGGCACAUCCUGCAUAGGUUGCACGCCAUUAGAUGACAAUGUUGCAAUGAACUUACGUCUAUAGACAGAGUUUAACAAACCUGCGACUAAUGUUAUAUCGGAAAAUCUUCUGAUAUUUUGACGAAUAUUUAUACAUAUUAUGAAUAUACUAACACUUGUAAAGCACUAGUUGUUGAAUAAAAUU